AUCCCCCGUGUAAGAGUGAGGUGGAGGAGGACAUUCCAGGAGAUAUGACCACAGAAAAUCCCUGUGAGAAGCCUGAAGGAAACAUCAUCAUGUUGUCUCUAGAUUAUAAAGAAGAUGAAGAUAUCAUGCAGCGCUCUUCAGGAGAAAACUUCAUUACCUGUAAUGUACAUCCAGGACUUCACAGUGCAGAGCCAUCAAAUAAUUCCCCCAAGGAUGAGGAACUUUCUAAUGACCAAUCACAGAUUAUUAACCCAAGUCCAAAUCUAUCAUAUAAUCAUCCUAAACAUGAGGAAUCUUCUCCUGACCAAUCACAGAUUAUUACCCCAAAUAUAGGGCAGAAACGGGGUAAAAGGUUUAAUUGUGAGGAAUGUGGAAAACAUUUCAGAUAUAAGUCAGAGCUUUCUGUACACAGAAAUAGUCACACAGGAGAGAAGCCGUAUUCAUGUUCAGAAUGUGGGAAAUGCUUUCCAUAUAAAUCAUAUCUUUUAAGACAUGAGAGAAUUCACACAGGAGAGAAGCCGUAUUCAUGUUCAGAAUGUGAGAAAUGUUUUAACAAGAAGUCAAGUCUUGAUCGACACAAAAGAAUUCACACAGGAGAGAAGCCUUAUUCAUGUUCAGAAUGUGGAAAAUGUUUCAUAGAAAAACGAAGUCUUACUAUACAUCAACGAAUUCAUACAGGAGAAAAACCAUUUUCAUGUUCAGAAUGUGGGAAAUGUUUCAUAGAAAAACGAAGUCUUACUAUACAUCAACGAUUUCACACAGGAGAAACACCAUUUUCAUGUUCAGAAUGUGGAAAAUGCUUUAACAUGAAAUCAAACCUUGAUCAACAUAAGAGAAUCCACACAGGAGAGAAGCCGUAUUCAUGUUCAGAAUGUGGGAAAUGUUUUAGAGAUAAAUCAGAGAUUUUAAAACAUGAGAGAAUUCACACAGGAGUUAAGCCAUAUUCAUGUUCAGAGUGUAGGAAAUGUUUUACCAAGAAAUCAAAUCUUGAUCGGCAUAAAAGAAUUCACACAGGAGAGAAGCCAUAUUCAUGUUCAGAAUGUGGGAAAUGUGUUACCAAGAAAUCAAGUCUUGAACAACAUAAGAGAAUUCACACAGGAGAGAAGCCAUAUUCAUGUUCAGAAUGUGGGAAAUGCUUUGUCAGGAAAUCAAAUCUUAAUCAACAUAAGAUAAUUCACACAGGAGAGAAGCCAUAUUCAUGUUCAGAGUGUGGUAAAUGUUUUACAGAUAAAUCGUAUCUGGUUGCACAUCAGAGAAUUCACACAGGAGAGAAGCCAUAUUCAUGUUCAAAUUGUGGGAAAUGUUUCACAGAAAAAAAACGUCUUACUACACAUCAGAGAAGUCACAAAGGAGAGAAACCAUUUUCAUGUUCAGAAUGCGGGAAAUGCUUUACCAAGAAAUUAAGUCUUGAUCAACAUAAGAGAAUUCACACAGGAGAGAAAACAUGUUAAUGUUUUGUGUAAGAAUAAUGUUUUACAAAGAAAUUAACCACUUCCAGACGGAGCCAGAUUGCACUUUCAUGACAGCCUUUUUUUGUAAAUCUGACUUGUCGCUUUAUGUGAUAACUUUGGAAUUUUUUUACUUAUCCAAACAAUUCUGACACUUUUUUUGUGACACAUUGUACUUCAUCAUAAUGGUAAAUUUGGGUUGAUAUAUUUUGCCUUUAUUUAAAAAAAUAAAAUGUAUGACCACCAAAUAUAGAAAGGCACACAUGAAGAUGCAGAGAAAGCGAGAAAUAUUCCAAGCUCCAGUAUUGCA